AUUUAAACCUCAAAAAGCUCCAAGUCAAUUGCUUCCCAUUCUCAUUUUUGCACCCACAAGCUAAGACUAAGAGUCUCUGGAUAUGUCAAGACCAGCUUUGCUUACCAUUUUACUGAUCCUCCAAUUAGUCCAUUUUGGAAGCAGCCGGUUUGUUAGAGAUUCUGGUCUUAUAUCCAAUGGCGGCAUAAUAGACAACAGAAUAAGCCAACCUUCAAUCCUAGAAGUAGUGGAUCUUCAAGCAGAUACUGUGACUUGUGAACCAGUUUAUGGCUUCUUGCCCUGUGCAACUUCAGUGUGGGGGCUGCUUUUCCUGAUAAUCGUGUACGAGGUCUUGCUGUCCCUUGCAGAUCAGUAUGUUUCUGCAGGGUCUGAACUCUUCUUUGAAUUGUUUGGGACUGGUAUCUUUGGUGCUAGUGCUUUCCACGUGCUUGGCAUGAUACCACAAGUAGGAUUGGUACUUGUAACUGGAGUGACAGGAAGUACAGAAACGGCAGAGGUAAUGGCAGAAAUGAGCAUGGGCCUACUUGCAGGAUCAGCAAUCAUGCUUCUGACACUAGUUUGGGGUUCUGUUGUUGCUUUUGGAAGCCAUGACCUCUCGGUGUCUCAAACUUCAUCAAAUACAGAAAAUAAUAUGCAUGCCCUUUCAGGUUAUGGUGUAACAACUGAUGUUGAAACCAAAGCUACUGCAAGAAUCAUGAUGGUCUCAUUGAUCCCCUUUCUUGUUCUUCAAGUGGCAAAAAUGCUCAGUUCUUCUUCGGGGAUUCGAGUUGUGAUAUUAGUCUCUCUACUUAUUGCAUUUGCAUUCCUUGUCAUUUACUGCAUCUAUCAGAUCAUGCAACCAUGGAUUCAGAAAAGAAGACUUGAUUUUGUGAUGCGUAAAUAUGCACACAAAAACUUACUACAAAGUCUUCUGACAGUUGGAGGCAACCCCAAUGUAUCCAUUAUACAAGGGCUGUUUCAUAGAUUAGACCAGAAUAAUAACACAUACAUAUCAUCACAUGAGCUGAGAGCAUUGAUCCUAGGAAUACAAAUAGAAGAAGUAGGUCUGGAUGACGAUGAUUAUGCAGCAAAAGUGAUGGAGGAAUUUGAUAUCUCUGGUGAUUCUCAAAUAGUUGAGACAGAGUUUGUCAAUGGAAUCUCAAAAUGGAUUAAUCCAGCUAAGCCCUCUGCCAACGGUAACAGUCAUGAACAUAAAUGGUUUUUUAGAAGAAAUCCCAAGAAUGAGAAAACUAAGGAAGACCAGAAGAUGCCAGUGGCGAAGAAAAAGAAGGCUAAGGGUGCUGAUAAAUCUUGGACAAAUCUCGUGAAGGCUGCUUAUCUAUUGAUUCUAGGUACUGGCAUUACAGUUUUGCUUGCAGUGCCCCUCAUGGAAACUAUGCAAGAAUUCUCUACUGCUGCAAGCAUCCCUUCAUUCUUAACCUCGUACAUUUUGAUACCCUGGUCCACAAACUACAGACUAGCACUGAGAUCAGUAACUUCUGCCAGAGAGAAGACAGAUAAUGCCAUAUCUUUAACACUUUCUGAGAUUUACAAUGGAGUGUUCAUGAACAACACCACGGGUUUGAUCAUCUUCUUGGCACUUGUUUACAUACGAAAUUUAUCGUGGGAAGUCUCUGCAGAAUGUUUAGUUGUCUUGAUUAUUUGCACAGUCAUGGGACUUUCUACCAGCUUCAGCAGAAAAUUCCCAUUUUGGACAAGUAUCAUAGCCUACAUUCUGUACCCUGUAUCACUGCUGCUGGUUUAUGUCCUCACCACCUUUUUUGGAUGGUCUUAACUUAAGCCAGCAGUUUUGUUUUGUGGUUAAUCCAUUACCCCAAUAUUGAUUUGCAAAGUCCAAGAACCAAGAUGAAAGAGGGGUUAUAAUUUGCUGAAGUAGAUGAAAACGGUGUAUUUGAAUCCCAGAAGGAUGAAAAUCUGCUUCUCACUAUAAGCAAUAUCUGAAUAUUACAGGAGGAUAAAACAUGGAAGGUAUUGAGAUAGCUUUGACUGCAAAUCAAAUAUUUAAACAUAAUUGUAUCAUUAUAAGUUGAACUUUGUGAUUGUGACACAAUAGAACAGCUGUUAAUGAAUAAAUUAUUUGCUACAGCUGUUAAUGAAUAAAUUAUUUG